UGUUAAUAGAAGACUUAUGGUUACUGAAACGUGCUCUAAGAGUGGUUUGGCAGAAAAUGGCCUCGCUCCAUGAAUUAAUUGUUGGAAUCAUGUUUUGUUUGUUGGUGUGUACAGCAGGUUUACGAUUUAAGAGGGAAGAUUGCUUGAUGGAGCGAUCUGAAAGGGUAGUACGAUAUUUCAAUAAUAUCAUGAACAGUAUUAGCUCCAAUAUACCAGAGACAAAAUGUUGUUUCGAUAUGCCUCGUGAUCUGGACCAGUUCCAAUGCCAAGAAUGUGUAGUAGAGAACAUGCAGACACUAACCCUUACAGAGAAACAACCUAUAGAAUGCAGUGGAACAAACAAUACUAUUUCUUUUAAGAUGAAACUUAAAGAACCAAAGAUCACGUGUGACUGCGAUGCUCGGUUACUAUUUCAACGUAGGAAAGGAGUGAUUAAUUUUCAGUUUUCAGAUGUAGAAGCUAGUGGUCAGCUCGUUGUAGACCUAAAAAAUGCUGCAAGUCCUGCGGUGAAAACAACUAUGUCCAUAUCUUCUAUCAACAGACCUCGCAUCACUGUCCGAGAGUGUGCAAUCUGUCGUUUUCGGCAACCUUUGCUGAAUAUGUUUAGUUCUGGAAGAGGCAGAAGGAUGGUGUCACAACAACUGAAGACUAUUCUGGAAGAAGUAGUGGAGGAGAAAGCUCAAGAUUUCAAAACACUCUUGCUGUGAGCCACUAAAACUAAAAGAUAAGAAAGAUUGAAGUUAUAAGAUUUUUACUGUAGACAAAAGAUUACUUGGUUAGUUGUACUUGCUGCAAGAAUAAUUUAGUAUUUAAUUUUUCCUCUGGAAUUUUUUAAUACCAUUUGAAUUAAUAUUGCAGCUAUUAGAAACAUUUUUGAUAGCUCACAAAAACAAGACUCAAAAUAAGGAUAGAAAUUUAUAAUACUUUAAUAAGUUUUACAAUUGAUCAAAAAUCACUAUUAUGCAGUUUCUUAAGGAAAAAUAUACAACUGUUUUAUUUCU